AUGUCCUGCUACAGCCCGUGCCGGCCCUGCCAGCCCUGUGGCCCCACCCCGCUGGCCAACAGCUGCAAUGAGCCCUGUGUCAGGCAGUGCCAGGACUCCACCGUGGCCAUCCAGCCCUCGGCCGUGGUGGUGACCCUGCCCGGGCCCAUCCUCAGCUCCUUCCCACAGAACACCGCCGUGGGAUCCUCCACCUCUGCUGCUGUGGGCAGCAUCCUCAGCUCUCAGGGAGUGCCCAUCAACUCUGGGGGCCUUGGCCUCUCUGGCCUGGGCAGUGGUCUCUGUGGCUUCCCCUGCUGA